ACUUUCCAAAACCCUAACCCAAGAAAUGGCCACUUGAACUCCACCCUCCCUUCCUCCGAUUCUUGAACUCCAUGACAGAGAAAAUAAGCGGCCAGCGACGAUGAUCCGCCGGCGGCUCUCCUCCCUUCUCUCCUCUUCCCUCUCCAGACCCGCCCUCCUCUCCCGGCCGCCGCCGCCGCCGCCGCUCCGGUGCCUUCUUCCCGCCCGGCAUUUCCACCUCCUUCCGGGCCCCGCGCUCGCCGGCCGCGGGCAAUGCGGCGGCGGCGGCGGCGGGGGCGGGGUCAGGGCUUAUAGCUUGCUGAGCCUGAACGACCUCAGGGACAAGCAACCCAAGAAGCAGAAGAAGCGGAAGGGGCGCGGGAUCGGCUCCGGGCUGGGGAAGACCGCGGGGCGGGGCCACAAGGGGCAGAAGGCGCGGGGGACCAUGAAGUUCGGCUUCGAGGGCGGGCAGACGCCGCUCCGCCGCCGCGUGCCGAAGCGUGGCUUCAAGAACCCUUUCAGCCUCACUUUCCAGCCUGUUGGAUUGGGAAAAAUUGCAGCGCUCAUAAACGCUGGGAAAAUUGAUUCCUCUGAGUUAAUUACGAUGAAAACUCUCAAGGAUGUAGGAGCUAUAGGAAAGCAGAUUAAGGAUGGAGUCAGAUUGAUGGGACGAGGUUCUGAGCAAAUACAGUGGCCAAUUCACCUGGAGGUGUCAAGGGUCACUGUUCGGGCGAAAGAAGCAGUAGAAGCUGCCGGUGGUUCCGUCAGAAGAGUGUACUACAACAAGUUGGGCUUGCAGGCAUUGGUUAAACCGGAGUGGUUCGAGAAGAAAGGCAGAUUGUUGCCAAAACCAGCCAGGCCGCCUCCGAAGCAGAUGGACAAGGUCGAUAGCAUAGGACGGUUGCCUGCCCCGACAAAACCCAUUCCAUUCUUAACCGAGGAAAAGGAGGCUGUGGCUACUCCUUCAUGAUGGUUAAGCGAAUUGUUUGCGAUUAAAAGGGUCCUUAGUUUUUGUUUAAUAAGUUUGCAGGCUAGAUUAUGUAAGCUUUUGGUAAAUUUGCAGAUGGAUGAAGGAAAAAUGCUGAAACUGGGGCUGUACUAAUCUUCAUCUGCUUCCUCUUAUGAGGACUGUAUUUUUUCUUUUUAUUAUUUUGAUUUAUUUUUGAAAAUGGGAAGUGAGAAUUUUCCACUGAUCCAGUCAUCAGCAAAUAUGCGAGUCUGAGACUGGCUGUGGAUUUUUUUUCAGGUGAACAAAAUAUUUGGUUUUCUUUUCUA